ACUGGCCUUGGUUGUUUCCCCGACAAGUGCAAAAUUCGAUUAAAAAAGGACGCAAUGCCAAAUGCCAGUUCAGCGAGACGUAUACCAAUGAAGAUUCAAGACAAAUUUAAAGGAAAAGUUGAUUUGAGCAUGGCGGAUAUGGUUCAUUGUGUUACUGAGAAUGGCGAAGUUGAAUUUUCAGAGAAACGCUUGAAUAAAUUUGUAACAGAAACACAGAAUGAUGAUGUUCUUCGGAAAGUUAUAGAUUAUUGUGAAAAUGGCUGGCUUAAUAACAUAGUUGAUGGAGGAGAACUAAGGCAUUUUUUCAAAAUAAGAAAUGAAAUACAAUUUAGCAAGGGUCUAUUGUAUUAUAAUGCAAGAAUUAUUAUACCCAAGAAUUUGAGAGAUUUUAUCUUGAAUAGGCUCCAUGAAACGCACUUAGGAGAAACAAAAAUGAACAGCAUUGCCUCAAAAUAUUAUUAUUGGCCAGGAAUAAGAGCAAACAUAAAAAAUCUGGCUGAAUCUUGCACGCAUUGCCAAAAAUAUAGAAGGUCCAAUGUAAGAAGUCCAAUGCUUUCUCAUGAAAUACCCGAUUUUCCAUUUUUAAAAAUUGGAGUGGAUAUAGCUGAGGUAAAAGGAAUAGCUUAUCUCAUAGUUGUGGAUUAUUAUUCAAGGUGGCUUGAAAUAACAAAAAUGAACAGUAAGACAAGUUCGGCUGUUAAAUCUAUUUUAUCCCAGUUAUUUGGCAGGUUUGGAAUUCCGCAGAUUAUAAUAGCUGAUAAUAAUCCGUUUGGCUCCCAAGAAAUGAUACAGUUCGCAAAGGAGUGGGAUUUUAAAAUUAUUACAAUAAGUCCUCGUUAUUCUCAGUCUAACGGCUUAGCUGAAAAGGGAGUGAACAUAGCAAAGACUAUGAUAAGAAAGUGUGCUGAAAGCAAAACCGAUUUAAACUUGAGUUUGCUUAACUAUCGGAAUAGUUGUGUUGCGGGUCUCAAUUAUUCUCCUGCUCAGUUAAUGUUUGGUCGAAUGAUAAGAACAAAGUUCCCUUAUCCUCAAGAUAGUUUGAAACUUCAUCAACUUCCUCGGGAAGAAAUAGCAGUGCAAAUGAAGAACCAUAAAUUCCAACAGAAAGAAACAUACGAUAAGCAGUCACGGAAACAUGUAUCUUAUUUCAAAGAAAAUCAGCUGAUGCCCCACGGUCCUAUGUGGUGAAGUCCAAUAGUGGAAGAAUAUUAAGAAGAAAUGAGAGGUUUUUAAGAAGACGAUGAAAUCAAAGGAAAGGUUGAAAAAGGAAAUGUUUGAGAAAGUAAAAGGGGAAGAUGUUUGUAUAUCAUGUGAUGUUACUUAAUCACAUGAUAACUGUUUGAUAAAAUAAUAAGUUGUUUACUGAGUUUAGUUUUGUUAUCUACGUGAAUAAAGAUGGUUGCUUCAAAUGGCUAAGAAUUUA